GGUGGUAUGAAGGAGGAGGCGACGCCGUCCCUAUCGGCGGCGUACAUGGAGGUCCUUCGGAACCUUGAUGGCACCGUCGAGGCGCCUGGCAAGUACGCCUUAACAGGCGAGCUCUUCGACAUUGGUCCGCCCAAGCUUGGCGUCGACCGCUCGCAAGGCUACAAGCCGUCGCCCGACCUCGUGCCCGUCAAGCAGCCCGCGUCGGUCAUCGCCAGCUUUGGGCCCGCGCCGCUGGUUGUGCCCAAGGAGCACAUCUACUUUGUCCAAGGCGAGCAAGAGUGGGCACGCUACCUCGACGGCUGGACGCUGCACAACAUCACACGCGUCCUCAAGCCCGCUUGCAAGCGCAUCACGCUCCAUCUCUCGCACGUGACGAUCGACGGUCCCGGCGCAUCGCCGGUGCUCACGCCGUCGCAAGCACCCCGAGGCACGUUCGGGACAUUGGCGAUUGCGCUGCCGUCGACGUGCGUCCGGCAAAUCACGUUUACGAGCACCGACGACGCCACUGCGUGGAUGCCCUUUACGCAUACAACGAUGAGCUUUGCCGCGUGGUACAACGACUGCACUGUUACUGUGGCGCCAAUUACGACACCGGGGCACCGUGCGUACCUCGUCUACAGCUUGGUCAGCAGCGACGGCGAGCCGCACCGGACGAGCCCGGCAACGACGUCAUCCGCAGCGGCCGAGCUCGCGGCCCUCGCUGCCCAAACCCACCAGCUCGACAUAACGUACGCAUAUCGGCUCUUCAACAAGACCAACGAUUUGCGGUUCGAGGCGCUUCAAGGUCGAGAUGCCGCCUUCCUCAACGCACUCGUUGCCGCUGGUACAUUCGAUGUCGCGCUCGUCCGGGCCCCGCGGCAGAAGCUCACGCGCGCCGAAAUGCACACGGAAGCAUGCAACAAGCGGCCGCGAGAAGACUUCCGCCGUCAACCCCAAGUCGCCACCGCACCGAAGCGUGUGACGAUACCCUCGAACGAGCGCGCGCCGCACUCCUACGACGCGAGCGGCGUCAAGUACUUGGAUGCCGACCUCGAUGACCAUGACGAGUCUGACACGGACGCGUCGGACGCCGGUGACUGCAGUGACGACGAGAUGUUCUACCAGUACGUCGAUAAAGAGCAGCCAGUGUCCAAGACGAGCACGGACGCGUUCCACGAAGACCGUCUGUACUUUGAAGACAAUGCUGUCGACAGAAGCUUUCCCAAUGCAAGCAAUUCGAAGAAGCGCCGCCGAGCCCAAGUCGACAUGGACGACUCGCCGUUGGCGUACUCGUACGGCCGUUCACGCUACCUUGGCGAUGACGAUGGAUACAGCGGUGAAGACGGCAGUGCCGACGACGGCAGGGACCACAGUGACGACGACGGCAGGGACCGCAGUGACGACGAUGGUGACAGUCGUGACGCAUAUGACGACGACGACAGCGAGUGGGACGUCGAUGUGUACGACUUUGAUGACCAACGUGACGAAGAGUUUGACGACGAGUCGGAUGAAGUCUACUACGACGACGACUGGGGCGAACCGUACGGAGACCAAGACGCGGACGCACCGUGCGCCGACAACAAGACGACGCUCGAGGACAGCGAGAGCGACACCGGCGUCGAUGCCGCGUAUCGCAAAACACGGAAACGAGAUUUUAUGUACGGGAACUGCGACUGCGACGAUAGAUUCAAGCGCAAGCCGUGGCGUCGCAUCACCGAAGCCCUCCUGCACCCGACGUCGUCGGAUGCGAUGCAAGCUGCACUCCUUACUCGGUCAGUCGGACGCUGGAUCACGAACCGCGGUCUCAAGCGUCUGCGCUCCGUCCUCCUCGUGUUUUGGCCCAAGCGCCACCGAGCGCGUAUCCUCGGCCUUGACGCCGCCGUCGCUGCUCUCGAGAAGAACGAGCCAAGUCUCCUUGGUUUUGCAACGACCGACGACAUCGCCGCCAGCCUCAUCGAUGCGUUUGGUGCUCCAGGUGUGCACUUCACCGACGUCCACGUGACCGCAGUCGGCGCGUAUCUGCUGAGCCACCCGUCGCCGACUUUGGUGGCGCGCUUUCUACCAUUUAGCGUCACCAUGCGCAAACGAACGUCCCGUCGCCGGGGUCUCCGCUGGUUUCAAGCCGCUAUCGCUACAUUCGGUGUCGCUGCCGUCGCCAGUGACAUCCUCGCUCUUUGCACGCCCAAGCACGAAGGCCUAUAUUACCUCGGCAAGGCCAUCCGAUGGAUGCGCCGGCUUUUCGUCUCGAACGCCGCGUAUGUCACGCAAGACGGCUUUGGCCCGCUCCUCGUUCAGUGCUGGCGGACGCUCGCAACGCAGCUCGCGGCCAUUCCGUCGGUCGACGCGUACCCGCAUGCAAUGCCUUGGCGCCUACAGCCGCCGAUGCUUCAAGCGGCGCUCGAGUUGGAGGCGGCAGCCGCCGCUGUCUCGUCGCAGUCCUUUCCGACCUCGGUCUAUGCGUUUGCUACCACCGUGUACACGACGCCCGAAGCUGUCACUGCAAUUGUCCUCCCGGCGGUCGUCCAAGCGUCACCGACAACGAUCGCGACACCGUUUCUUCCUCUCCUGCAGCGCAAUCUCCCGACUCUUCAUGACGCGCUCACCAGAUCAACGGAUAUCGGACGUUGGAUCCUCCGCUUUAAUGACCGGUUUGGUGACGUCCUCGCCGACUACAAGGAGGCCGCGGUGCUGCCCGAAGCCGACUACGACGUCGUACGCACUCUGCUGUAUGCUCUGCGCAACGGCGGCAUGACGCUGUCGGACGCUGACGCCACCGCGAUGGCCGACGACGUUCUCACAAGGACACGGGGCGUGGUCGUAGCGACCGUUGCGCGUCAGCUCAAGGCCCGUGGCAUCCCGAUGAGUGGCAUGGCGCUAGUGAGGACGGUGACGCAAGCACUCGCGGCCUGUCACUUGCUCUCGGCAGUGCAUGUCAACCGCCUCGUUGAUGCCGUCACGGACGUUGUCUUUGCGUCCGAUGACGCACUCUACUACGUCCGCCACGUGCUCUACCCCGUCCUUCGAUACCUCGACGUGAUCUUGACCAUGUAUUCCGCUCGGCGCGACGAGCUCGCGACGAGUAUUCGAAUGGCGCUAGAAGACGCCCUCGAUGUCCCGGAUGUCGCGCCACUGGUCCAGCUCCAAGGACUGUGCACCUGCACCGCGUGCACUGUGGUGACGGGUCACCUCGCCGACCAAGGGCCCCUGCGGAAUCUGAGUGAGGUGGUGCCAGUGACCUGCGCCGGGCUUCGCGCCGCCAUUUCAAGAUUGCCGCCGCACCAUCCACGCGUGACGCUGGUGCUCCUUGGACCGACGUCGGCCAGUCUUCGUAUUUGGACGCAAGCAGGUGCCCAAGCUCGGCGCCAGCGAGACGAAGCCAUGGUGGCGUACCUGGCUGGAAGGCGGCCGGCGCCGACGCGCGCCGAGGCAGACGACGCAAUCGCUGCGCUGGAAGCGACGCUGCCUCUUUUACCGACGACGCCACCGUACAGCGGGACCUACUGGUACUGGUACUCCAACGGUGUUUACCACGAAGACUCUGGCGGCACCUACUUUGACUACAUGGGCGCCCGGGACUACCAUUGCGACUAUUAG